AUGUGAAGUUAUGAAUGUCAAAAUGCGAAGACGAAUGGCGAGUAACGGCAGUUUUUUUCCUCUCGUCUCGUUUGGGAGGAGGCUGUGAGAAAAUUGUGGGGGCGAAAAUCCACUUACUUAUUAGACCACACUGCGUCUACAUAAACCUACACAUCUCACUGCACUUCGAGAGCUUUAGAAACUGGACCGAAAGACGUCCUAAUAGCUUCACGCAGUUAAGUUCGCAUGGAGAAUCCUUCUGUAACGGAAGAAUAUUGGGGCUGCUUAAAAGUGUUAAUUUAAUAUAAUGUGAGUUUCACACGGAGAGUCCGAAUACGAGCCUUCUUAUCUACUACUUCUCUUCUUAAGGUGUUGAAGCUUCUAAAUCGAUGACAUUAUGACGCUCAACUUGUCCAGCUUCAAUGAAACUUGGGGUUCUGGUUCCCAGCUACUGAAGGACCCCUACAAGAUGAUGGAGGUUGUAUUCAUUGUCCUGGUUGCUGGAUCUCUUAGCCUGAUCACCAUAAUUGGGAACAUCCUAGUCAUGUUAUCUAUUAAAGUUAACAGGAACCUACAGACUGUCAACAACUACUUUCUCUUUAGUCUGGCGUGUGCAGACCUAAUCAUUGGCCUUUGCUCCAUGAACCUGUACACAGUUUACAUUGUGAUUGGAUACUGGCCCAUGGGGCCAGUAGUGUGUGAUCUGUGGCUAGCCCUGGACUACGUCGUAAGUAACGCCUCAGUCAUGAAUCUCCUUAUCAUUAGUUUUGAUAGAUAUUUCUGUGUCACCAAGCCACUCAGCUAUCCAAUCAAAAGGACAACGAAAAUGGCAGGCAUGAUGAUUGCGGGAGCCUGGGUCUUGUCUUUCAUCUUAUGGGCUCCAGCUAUUCUUUUCUGGCAGUUUAUCGUUGGGGUUCGCACCGUGCCUGAGAAGGAGUGCUACAUCCAGUUCUUCUCAAAUGCCGCAGUCACCUUCGGCACUGCCAUCGCUGCAUUCUAUCUGCCUGUCAUCAUCAUGACGUUCCUGUACUGGCAGAUCUCCCGGGCUAGCAGGAGCCGUGUGCAGAAGGACAAACAGAUGCGUCCGGAGGUUCUUCAGAAGGCUCUUCACAAAAAACAGGCACAAAGUCACAGCAAUAAAGCUAACGACAACAAACUAAAAGCUGAGAACACUGACAAAAACCAGACGCCGAGCACAGAAAAAGAGACCAGUGGACACAAUCUGAAGCUCCACAAUGGCAAUGGAGCAUUCUCAACUGGCUGUCUGUUGGAUUCAAAGAGUAGCAGGUCUAAAGUUUUUAACAAUGAUGGCAACUGCAUGAUCACCAGUGCCAUAAUAGAGAUUGUCCCUGAAGUGGAACAGCAGAGCCAAAACAUAGUGAGGAACGCCAUAAAUUCACCCAGGAAGAAGAAGAUGACAUCAUCACGGGAGAAGAAGGUCACACGGACGAUCAUGGCAAUCCUCGUGGCAUUUGUGGUCACCUGGACACCCUACAAUGUCAUGGUGCUCAUCAACACGUUCUGCUCCAGCUGCAUCCCCAUCACCAUGUGGACUAUUGGCUAUUGGCUUUGCUAUAUUAACAGCACAGUAAACCCCGCCUGCUAUGCCCUCUGCAACGUCACAUUCAAAAAAACCUUCAAACACCUCCUCCUCUGUCAAUACAAGAACAGUAGAUCCGCUAGAUGAGCAAAACCUUGUUUUCUAAUGUGAGUCUGGCAAUGUAGGAGUAGCUGGGGAUGAAAGGAAAUGAACGAAAAAGAGGGAAAUUAAGACAUUGUCUUGCAGCUGCGAGAUAAGACAAAAUAUGAAAAUAUGACCACAUAACUGCACUCAGAUACACAUUAAUAUCAGACAGAACUAAGUCGGGGAAACAGUGAAUUCUAAAUGUAUAUGGAAAUAGAUUCAACAAAAGAUAAGUGCAAGCAGUAGUCUUCAUAAAUCUAAAAGCCCUGGAACAAAAAUGUGCAUUUAAAAGGUAGUAGAGAGAGACAUUCACACAGCAUAGAUUAAUAUACAGUGCAUCCAUCGGUUAUGUUACAGCCUUAUUCCAAAAUGGAUUAAAUACAAUUUUCUCCUCAAAAUUCUAUACACAACACCCCAUAAUGAUGUGAAAAAAGUUUACUUGAGAUUUUUGCAAAUUUAUUAAAAAUAUAAAACUGAGAAAUCACAUGUACAUAAGGAUUCACAGCCUUUGCUCAAUACUUUGUUGAAGCACCUUUGGCAGCAAUUAGAGCCUCAAGUCUUUUUGAAUAUGGUGCCACAAGCUUGGCACACCUGUCCUUGGGCAGUUUCGCCUAUCCCUCUUUGCAGCACCUCCCAAGCUCCAUCAGGUUGGAUGGGAAGCGUCGGUGCACAGCCGUUUGAAGAUCUCUCCAGAGUCUUGGCUCUGGCUGGGCCACUCAAGGACAUUCACAGAGUUCUCCUGAAGCCACUCCUUUAAUAGCUUGGCUGUGUGCUUAGGGUCGUCGUCCUGCUGAAAGAUGAACCGUCGCCCCAGUCUAAGGUCAAGAACGCUCUGGAGGAGGUUUUCCCAUCCAGGAUGUCUCUGUAAAUUGCUGCAGCAAUCUUUCCCUUUAUCCUGGCCAGUCUCCCAGUUCCUGUCGCUGAAAAACAUCCCCACAGCAUGAUGCUGCCACCACCAUGCUUCACUGUACGGAUGGUAUUGGCCUGGUGAUGAGCGGUGCCUGGUUUCCUCCAAGCGUGACGCCUGCAUUUACACCAAAGAGUUCAAUCUUUGUCUCAUCAGACCAGAGAAUUUUGUUCCUCAUGGUCUGAGAGUCCUUCAGGUGCUUUUUGGCAAACUGCAGGUGGGCUGCCGUGUGCCUUUUGCUAAGGAGUGGCUUACGUCUGGCCACUCUACCAUACAGGCCUUAUUGCUGGAUUGCUGCAGAGAUGCAGAGAUUGCUGGAUUGCUUCUGGAAGGUUCUCCUCUCUCCACAGAGGACCUCUGGAGCUCUGACAGUGUGACCAUCGGGUUCUUGGUCACCUCCCUGACUAAGGCCCUUCUCCCCCGAUCGCUCAGUUUAGAUAGUCGGCGAACUCUAGGAAGAGUCCUGGUGGUUUGGAACUUCUUCCACUUACGGAUGAUGGAGGCCACUGUGCUCAUUGGGACCUUCAAAGCAGCAGAAAAUUUUCUGUAACCUUCCCCAGAUUUGUGCCUCGACUUCAUGCUUGGUUUGUGCUCUAACAUGCACUGUCAACUGUGGGACCUUAUAUAGACAAGAUGUGUGCCUUUCCAAAUCAUGUCCAAUCAACCACAUUUACCACAGGUGGACUCCAAUUAAGCUGCAGAAACAUCUCAAGGAUGAUCAAUUUUAAGCUUCAUGGCAAAGACUGUGAAUACUUAUGUACAUGAGAUUUCUCAGCUCCUUUUAUUUUGAAUAAAUUUGCAAAAAUCUCAAGUAAACUUUUUUCACGUUCUCAUUAUGGAGUGUUGUGUGUAGAAUUUUGAGGGAAAAAUAAAUUAAUUUAAUCCAUUUUGGAAUAAGGCUGUAACAUAACAAAAUGUGGAAAAAGUCCAUCCAUCCAUCCAUCCAUUUUCCAAACCGCUUAUCCUAUUGGGUCGCGGGGGGUCCGGAGCCUAUCCCGGAAUCAAUGGGCACGAGGCAGGGAACAACCCAGGAUGGGGGGCCAGCCCAUCGCAGGGCACACUCACACACCAUUCACUCACACAUGCACACCUACGGGCAAUUCAGCAACUCCAAUUAGCCUCAGCAUGUUUUUGGACUGUGGGGGGAAACCGGAGUACCCGGAGGAAACCCCACGACGACAACAUGCAAACUCCGCACACAUGUGACCCAGGCGGAGACUUGAACGCGGGUCCCAGAGGUGUGAGGCGACAGUGCUAACCACUGCACCACCACGCCGCCCCCGUGGAAAAAGUCAUGCGCUGUGAAUACUUUCCGGAUGCACCGUAGAUACUAAUACACAGUUGUAUGUAUGGACAACAAGCAGAAAUGUCACAGGGAAUACGAACACUUUAAAGUGUCGGUAUGUAGUUGCAUGUUUGUUGCACCCACGUGCAAGUCUCCACGCAUGAGAAGAAAACAACAUGGAGAACCAUAUCGCGAGGGAUUAUUCAAAGAGACAGAGGCUUCAGUGUCAAUAUGAGGAGUAACAGGGAAAAGGACAGAAGAGUAGUAACACUGUGAAAUCAACACUACACUGAAAAGUAUCAGAUUUCAGAGUGACAUGAACUGUUGCAUUAGCAAUACUGUAAGAGUUAAAUAAUUAAGACAAUAUAUGAUAUCUGAUCACCUUAUGCUUUUAAGGCGAGAAAGAAAGUACAGCAAUGAAUCUAUCCUGUGUUGAGAGUGAUGGAUCAGUGAACGAUAAUACAGCUACUGGGACUAGUGGGAUGCUAACUGGUAGCCAGGGAAUGCAGACUGAUGCUAAAGACCCAGCUGUCCCAGUUACAGGGCAGAGGUGGGGGGAGGCCAGAAGAAAUAAAGGAUUCUGGGAAGAAAAGUCAGUUCAUCUGUUUUCUGUGUCAAAUUGGUUGUCUGUUUCUGCCUUGUGUGUGAAAUGCGAAUUAUUACUCGUAUCAAGCCAGUAUGGUGCAGCGGAACAGGUCUGUCUGAGAAGAACAUUGGAUAAAAACAGAAUUCCGCACUGCAAAUUCAGAUAAUUCCGAUCUAAAUCUUAAAGUAUUCAGUGUUCUUACAAGAGAAAAGGCCCAUUAAGUAAAAAUGCAGUACAUACUGUGCGGAUAAUAUAUAUCAGUAUUUAGUGUUAUUAGGAAGUUGUUCCUUAGAUUCUUUCCAUGCCAUGGGAAUGUGAUCGUGUCCUUUCUACUUACUGUAAUACCUACUAACUGCUUUCUACUUACUGUAAUGCUUUUUUCAUUAUUUGGAAUAUACAGUAGAUACUCAGGCAUGUGCUUGAAAGUAUCUUUCACUUGUUAUUGAUAAUGUUUUGUUGUACAGAAUUCUGGAUUUCUGGCCACAGCAAGUGCUAGGUAAUUAAAGUGAUACAUUAAAGUAUUUUUUUUCCAAAAAAAAACAUUUGUGGCAUUCAGUGAUGGUAUGACAUCCCAUUCUAAAUCUAUAGACAUCAAUGCCAUGUGUAGUAUGUUAUAGACCAGUCCAUCAGCCCAGCUCGAUGUUAACAGAUGGUCUAUUGGGAAUAUCAGCUUAGAAUGAGCGAACAUAUUGUAUACAGCUACACAUCUAGUGCCGAGAGAAAAUGUAAAGAACAUUAUGCUAAAUAUACACAUAUUAAGUAUGGUGCCUCAAAGUGAGCAUUAGCAAUACGAUUAAUCAACAGAAAUUAUCAUUCCAUCAAUCUAGACACACAUACAUUACAUGGACAAAAGUAGUGGGACACCAGGCCAUUAGACCUACAAGAACUUUUAUGACAUCACAUUCUGAAUCCAUAGGCAUCAAUAUGGAGUUGGUUUCCUCUUUGCAGCUAUAACAGGAGUGUGUCUCUGAGAAUUUUUGCCCAUUCAUCCUGAAAAGCAUUUGUGAAAUCAGGCACUGAUGUUGGAUGUGAAGGCCUGGCUCACAGUCUCUGUUCUAGUUCAUCCCAAAGGUGUAUGAUGGGGUUGAGGUCAGGGCUCUGUGUGGGCCAGUCAAGUUCUUCCACACCAAACUCACCCAACUGUGCCUGUAUGGACCUUGCUUUGUGCACUGGGGCACAGUCAUGCUGGAACAGAAGAGGGCCUUCCCCAAACUGUUACCUCAAAGUUGGAAGCAUAGAAUUGUCCAAAAUGUCUAAGUAUGAUGUCUAUGGAUUCAGAAUGUGAUGUCAUAAAAGUUCCUAUGGGUGUAAUGGCCAGGUGUCCCAAUACUUUUGUCCAUAUGAUAUAUGUGUGCUGUUUGGGUAUGUAUGCAUUAAUAAGAGAAUUGAAGUAAUGCAAAGGUUACUUUCCCUAGUAGCUAUUUACUUUUAUAUGCAGUAAUUUGCAAAGUAAUUCAAUUACUUUUGAAUGAAGUAACUUGUAAUUGUAACAUUAACGCUUUACUUGGCAAGACACAGAUAAUACAGUAUUAUGCCAUUGCUUAUGUAUUAAUUAGCCACAAGCUAAAUCUUAGUUAUAUAUUGAUCUCAUGUUAAUUCAUCCUUAAUGAAUUGUGAAACAUGUUUUAUCUCAAGCAGUUACUAUAGUUGUUACUAUAUGUUAUUUCUGUAAACCUUUGUGAACUACUAAAGGAACAAGUUGUGAAUAACAUGGUAAAUUCUCAUGUUUGUUCAUCAUUAAUGAAUCAUGAUGCAUCUUUCUUGCCAAGGAGUCACUAUAUUUGUCACUAUAUCUGUUAAUUCUGUAAUCCCGUGUGAACUACUGAAGGAUCUACUAAGGAACUUCUAAAGGAAUAAGUAAUGAAUAAUGUAAGUGAUAUACUGAUCGUAUGUCUGUUCAUUGAAAACAUGCUGAGGCUGAUUGGAGUUAUCAAAUUGCCCAUAGGUGUGUGUGGUGUGAGUGAAUGGUGUGUGAGUGUGUCCUGAGAUGGGUUGGUGCCCCAUCCUGGGUUGUUCCCUGCCUUAUGGCCAUAGGCUCUGGACCCCCUGCAACUCUGGAUAGGAGUCAGAAGAUGGAUGGAUGUUUGUUCAUCAUUAAAAAUCAUGAUGGUUGUUUUAUCUAAAGUAGCAACUAUAUUUGUUCAUGGUUUGUUUAUGAUCUGUACUUCAGUAGUAACUGAGUUGUUACUAAAUAUUUGUGUUUCAUCAAGUAAAGUGUUACAAUUUUAACUAAUUACCAAUUUUUAGUAUCUUGCAUAAUACUGAAAACAUAUUGAAAAUUCGUCUCACUACUCAUUUAAUGCCAUAAAGGUUUCCUAUAUGUUCUUCACCAGCAUAAUAAAUAGCACCGAAGAGUCAACAUCCUCCUGUGUAGUAUCUUCAGUGUUCAGCCACACUACCCAGAAGUCAUUGUGUAUAUCAGGAAAUGUUCAUGCAAAAGGAAGUGAAAAAAGUAAAAAGCAUGUUCUGCUGUAGCUUGGAGUUUAUAUUGUUAUUCCAGUAAUAUUAAUGUGUCAGUUCAAUAAAACACAUAAAACUCUCC